UUAUCUUUAAUCCUUACAAACACUCAUUUUUUACAAAAAAAAAAAAUUUAAUUCAAUUUCAACCACUCAUUUUAAAUUUUGGUGGGACUCUUUCUUCACUACAUAAAAAUCACCACCAUUUUUAUUAAAAUAUGUGCCCACCAAAAGUGUCAUAUUUUUGGUGGACGAAAGGAGUAUCUUGUUAUCAAUUAAUAAAAUUAUUAGGACAAAUAGGCAAAAAUUCACCAAUUUUGGACGAAUUCUCAUUUUUUCCAUGACUUUUAAAUGUUAGUGUAAUAUACGUAAACUUUUAAUUGAGUAUAAUUUUUCUCAUAAAUUGCAUCCCAUCCUUCAAUAAAUAAGAAUUUUCUGCAACAAUUUCAACGACUCCACAAGAAAGGUACGAGACAUUGACAUCUCACAGUAAAAUGAGUUACAUUUUGAUGAGCACUAAAAAUGGUUCCCGCCUCGAGGCCUUCUGCAGCCCCCACACCACAGUGAUGGCUGCGCCAAUAAAGGGGAUUGGGAAACACGAAAGAGGAAAAUUUGUCGGAGCUUCAGUGAGACUUGAGAGAUGCUCUAAUUCCCAUCGUCAAACUCCUAAUUGGAAUCUCUCUUUCUUUCACUCUUCGCUUCUGCAACACUCGCACAUUGAGGAAUCCACCGCCUGAUGUCGGCGAUUAGGUAUAUUAUUUGUUGAUUGGAGAAGUUUGCAUCUUGUGAGAAAAUGGGUUGAUGCAUGUGUUUAUUUCCAUUGCACAUUUGUUAAGGGAAUGGCAAUAAGGGGGUGUGGAAAAUUAGAGACCAUCGCACAACUAUACGAGGGUCUUGAUGAAGACUUCAAGGCUGAGCUGGAGGCAAGUAGUGAUGCAAGUUGUCUAUUCAGGCUCCUGAAGGUGCCAAAAUCGAACAUCUUAAAGCCGCUUGUGGAAACUCUCUUAAGGAAGUAUGAUUGUAAAAAAUGUGUCUUCGCAUUUGGUCUUUACAAUCUAAACGUAACAUUGGAGGAUGUCCUUUUUUUGACUGGUUUACCCAUUUGGGGUGAACCAGUAAUCAGCUCCAAUAGUCGCGAUGAACAAGCUUUUACACGGGUGUUUGGGGAACAGAUGAAGAGGACUCUUUCCAUGGAGCAACUGAGAGCUAUCGCGAUAGAUGUGACCAAAGAACAUAGGAAGCGGAAGAUUGCCGUGCUACUAAUUAUUAUCUCAUGCUUUAUUGUACCCUCUUCUGAUGGGCAACGGGUCGACACCACCUAUGUCCAAUUUGUGGAAAGAUUGGAAGAGGUGGACUCAUAUGCUUGGGGAGCAGCGCUGCUAGCCUUCCUCUACUCCGGGAUCAAUAAAUGUAAGGGUGUAAACCCUCCUAAGGGGGCAGUUGAUGGCAACCUUUGGGUGCUUAUGAGUUUUUUCUUGAUUCGUAUACCAAAGUUGCGAGAUGCCAUUGGAAUUGAGUUGAAGUUAGAGGACCGUGGAGUGCCUCUCAUGUUUUGGGUUGUGGAGAAAGUGCAAAGAAUUUCUCACAAUCACAAACCUGUGUACAUGGAUAGAGUAGAUAAGAUUCUUCAAAAUAUUUCUGAAGAUGAAGUCUUAUGGUCACCAUAUUCUUCAUCCCUCUUGCCUCGUUCCCUACAGGACCAGGUACAAUUUGGGACUCUUCUAGCCCCAUUGUUUUGCAACAACUAUGUGGUACAUCAUAGACCACAUCUUGUUGCAAGACAAUUUAAUGUGUUUAAGGAGCGAAUUCUGUCUACUUUGAGAUGGGAUGAACACGAAAUCCAAGUGAAGCAAAACAGGGGGCCGCGCAGGCAAAACUUCAGAAAAAAUUAUGAGAAAGAGCUUCAGAUUUGGGGGGAGAAGCAGCUGGCGCAGGACCUCAUGUGUCGUGUUCCCCAGGUGUGCGUUAGGAGAAAUGCAAGAGAGAGUAUUCCUUAUAAUGAUCAGCAUAUGAGAUCUAGCCCCGACAAUCACUGUAGUGACCACUCCACUCACGCCAACGCGUCCCUUACGGAACCUCACCCCCAUGAUAGUAGGCCAAAAAGGAUUACAAAAGCUCGUGAUCAUCUAAAGAAGCAAAAGGUGAACAACGAUGAGUCUGAGUUCAGAAAUUGGAGAAGACAGAUUGUUUCGGAGAUUGCGUCCUCAACUUGUCAAGAACAAGAUGAAGAACAUAUUGCUGCCACUUCUGCACAGAAUGUCAGGAGAGAGAGCAAGGAGAUAUCAUCUUCUGAAAAGAAUGAUAGAAACAUAAAAAAGAGAAAAGCUUCCGACUCAAACGAAUUUCUUUGCUCUUCCUCAAGCACCGAGUCCAAUAGUAAUCAUGUUAGUGCAUCUCUGCAAGAUUUUGAAGCCAGCUCAUAUGGUGCAAAGCAGGACAUGGAUGUAUGUAUUGCAAAGCGGACACGAUCAAAGAUGGGGAGCAUAAAAAAGACAUCCGAAGUUGCCAAUGUCUCAUUGGGUUCAUCAGUGGAUUCAGAUUCAUCACCUAAUGAUAGUGGAAAUGAUACAUCUCUUGAUGAAGAUUUUGAAGUGGAGAUUUCUAACAAUGACGUAGAACUGUUAAGCUCGCAUGUUGAGGCAUGUGAAGUCCGAGUAGAAAAUGAAGAAAUGGAUACAACUUUUCACCAUGAAACUGAUGCAGAAGAGGGCUUGAAAGAGAAGAUUAACUUGAAAGAAUCUUCAUGCUCAAACCAGUCGAAUACUAAAAAAGGCUAUGAUCAUAGUGGUGAUGGUACUAAGGAAAGAACUGAAGUAACCAGUUUGAAUUCAAAUCUUUGUGCUAAAACUGCAUUCAUGCCUAAUGAAAAGAAGGUGCCAACCGGAGCAAAGGAGGCAACUACUGUUUCCCACUCAAAAGACGGGUAUGAUCAUAGUGAUGAUGGUACUAAGGAAAGAACUGAAGUAAUCAGUUCGGAUUCACAUCUUUGUGCUAAGACUGCAUACAUGGCUAAUGAAAAGAAGGUGCCAACUGGAGCAAAGGAGGCAACUACUGUCUCCCACUCAAAAGACGGGUAUGAUCAUAGUGAUGAUGGUGCUAAGGAAAUAACUGAAUUAACCAAUUCGGAUUCACAUCUUUGUGCUAAGACUGCAUUCAUGGCUAACGAAAAGAAGGUGCCACCCGGAGCAAUGGAGGCAGCUCCUCUCUCCCACUCAAAAGACAGGUAUGAUCAUAGUGAUGAUGGUCCUAAUGAAAGAACUGAAGAGACUAGUUCAGAUUCACGUGGAGCAAAGGUGGCAGCUCGUCUCUCCCAUAGUGAUGAUGGUACUAAGGAAAUAACUGAAGCAGCAACGACUUCAGAUUCACAUCUGAGUGCUAAGAAUAAGCCUGUGGUCCUGGCUAGUGAAAAGAAGGUUCCAACCGGACCUAAGGAGGCAGCUCCUUCCUCCUACUCGAAAGAUGUCUAUGAUCAUAGUGAUGAGGGUAACAAAGAAAGAACUGAAGCAGCCAGUUCAGAUUCACAUGAUCCUGCUGUGACUGAGGCUGCAGACAUGGCCAAUGUAAUGGAGGUGCCUAUGAAAAGAAAGCAAGUAUCUUCAAAUCAAGUCAAGGAUUUAUGCAUCAUGCUUGCAGAUGCUGUAUUGGGAGGUGGACUAAUUCUUGCAUCUCAAACUCAAACUACUCUUCCAUGGAAGUUCAGGUUUGAAGAUGAGGUACCAGAACAGGUGGAAAAAACAGAGUAUGAAAAAGAGAUCGACAGUUUAUUUUGUAAACUAGACUCCGAGUGGGCACUGGAGGAACUGCAAUCAUUUGACUACCCCAAGGAUAUCUUAGAAAAGGAAAGUUCUCCUCCUGAAGAAACUCAGCAUGCGAGAUGUUCCAGAGGGAAACAUGAGUUGGUCUUAGAAGAUGAGGAAGGAUUAAUAUGUAUCUUCUGUCGCCAUGUGGAACUCGGACCAAAGGACGUCAUGCCUGAAUGGGCGGAGAGAACUUACAGGGAAUCAGAAAGAAAAAGAUGUUCUGAACCAGAACAACUUUUAGAGUAUGAUGAACUUCACAUACAUCCUUCAACCAUUGAUGAUGCUGAUUCUCGCAAAAGUAGUACUGCUACUGGUACCGUUUGGAGCAUCAAACCAGGUGUACUAGAGAGUAUGUAUGAGCACCAGCGAGAAGGCUUUGAAUUUUUGUGGAAAAACCUGGCAGGAAGCAUCAAUCUUGAUGAACUGAAGAGCACCGAUCCUGUUGGAGUGGGUGGAUGCAUCAUUUCUCAUGCUCCGGGGACUGGGAAGACGCGUUUGACUAUAGUUUUUGUCGAAACUUACUUCAAGAUGUUCCCUAACUGCAUGCCAGUGAUUAUUAGCCCAGCCAGCACUCUCCUCACCUGGGAAGAAGAGUUCAAAAAAUGGAAUGUUGAGUUCCCCUUUCAUAAUCUGAGCAAUUUUGAGUUGUCAGGCAAGGAGAACAAGGCUGCUCUCGAACUUAUUCCUCAGACCAAGAUUAAAGAAAAGGAAGCUAUUCGUAUGAUAAAGAUAUGUUCUUGGAGCAUGGGGGGGAGCUUUCUGGGAAUCAGCUAUAACUUGUUUGAGAAGUUAACGGGGGAAAGAAACACAAAAGAGAAAAGAAACAAGAAGAGAAAGUAUCUUGAUAGUUAUAAAGAGAAGAUGAGGAAAAUUUUGUUGGAAAAGCCUGGACUGGUUGUUCUUGAUGAAGGGCACACUCCUCGAAAUCAUAGGAGUAGCAUUUGGAAUGUUCUCCUCAAGCUUAAGACGGAGAAGCGUGUGAUUCUUUCUGGAACACCAUUCCAAAACAAUUUUGGCGAACUCUUCAACACACUGCGAAUAGUCAGGCCAGCGAUUGCAGAUGUGCUUGCACGAAAGAAGUUGUUUGGUAAAACAGUUGUGGCAAAGAACAUGUCUUCAAGCAGAAAACACAAGGGGGAGCAUUGGCAAUCUUCUAUGAUUUCAGAAGAUGUUGACCGUGCUGUGGAGUACCUAAAAACUUGCAUGUCACCGUUUGUUCAUCUGCAUAAAGGCGACAUCCUUCAGCAGAGUCUGCCCGGUUUGAGAGAUUGUAUUGUCCUCCUCAAACCCCCUACACUGCAGAAUAGUUUGAUUGAGAGAUUGCAAAGUUCCAACAACUUUAUAUUUCAACAUAAAGUUUCUUUGAUAUCCGUACACCCAUAUCUUUUCCUACACUGUGAAACAACAGAAGAUGCAAAGAUUGGAAUUGACAUGGCUGCAGUUGAGGCAUCCAAGCUCAAUCCUCACGAAGGCGUAAAGACAAGAUUUCUUCUGGAGCUAGUUCGCCUCAGUAUGGCAGUGAAAGAGAGAGUACUAGUAUUCAGCCAGUAUAUUCAGCCUCUUGAGCUUAUCAAGGAACAGUUGAAAGAAGUCUUCAAAUGGGUUGAAGGAAAAGAAAUUCUUCACAUCCAUGGGAAGCAAUAUCAAAAACAGCGUCAAAUUUCGAUAAAUUUAUUCAAUGAUCCGCAGAGUGCAUCCAAGAUCAUGCUUGCAUCAACCAAGUGUUGCUCUGAGGGCAUAAGCUUGGUUGGGGCUUCAAGGGUAGUAUUGUUGGAUGUCGUCUGGAAUCCCUCUGUGGAAAGGCAAGCAAUAUGUCGUGCUUAUAGGAUCGGGCAGAAGAAGUUUGUCCACACCUACCAUCUGAUGACUUCUGGAACUACUGAGGCCGACAAAUACUGCAGGCAAGCUGAGAAGGAGCGUUUAUCUGAGCUGGUGUUCUCAUCUUCAAAUGAAAGCAACCGACAGAAGCAUCCCUCUUCUGGUAUCGAGGACAGGAUCCUCGAGGUGAUGAUUUCUCAUGAUGGUUUGAAAGGAAUGUUUGAAAAGAUCAUCAACCAGCCAAAGGAGACUGACCUAAUUCAAACAUUUGGUCUCACAUCUUGAGCUAUGGUUCCAGGUACCCUUGCUUCAACUGUCAAGCAGGCCACUCUACUAAUUCUCAAGUUUCUCAAUGCACUCUCACACAUACGACACAUGCACUCCUGCUUGCAAUGAAAGGGGUAUUUAUACAGGCACCUUGUGUGAUAGGCCUGUCCUUUCAUAUUAUGGCUGCUGAAAUUUGUUGGGAUUCACUAGGAGGAUGAUAGCAGGGAAGUUCGAUUUGAUUAGAGCUUCAUUCGGAUGGGUGAGUGAUUGAGUUUUGUAUUCAUCGUGUAAUCACUUCCGGGAGCCCAGUAUUGUACUUAAAUGAGCUAGUAUGAAAUAGCUUUGAGAUGUUGCAAGAUUAAGACAUUUUUCAGAGAGUUGGAGGAUUCUUUCCAUUGUGAUUAAAGGGCUUAUAAUAAAUAAAUUCACAGAGUGUUCUGUAGUGUUUA